AUGUGGCGUCGACCAGGAGUACUGCUAGGGGGCACCGCGCUGUACGCUGGCGUGACGUUUGUCACGUACGUGACUUUUUACGACCCCCGAAAAAGCGAAAGCAGCACGAAUAGCGCGCAACGUGUAAACGACGCCAUGCGUGUGCACAUUUUUGACACGAACGCGUCAAAAUACGACAAAGAAGUGGAUUGGGACGAGCGCUUUAUGGGCAUCUCCUUGAUGCGUCGGUUUCUACUAAAAAAGGCCCAUGGUCGAAUAUUAGAAGUAGCAGCAGGCACGGGUCGUAACUUGGCGUUUUAUCCUGCUACUUCAGAGGUAAUUUUGACCGACCCAAGUUAUGGGAUGCUGGACCAAGUGUCAAAAAUAGAGCGGCAGCGACUGAAAAGCUGUCAAAUUCGUGUCAUGGCUGCCGAAAAGCUAGCAUUUCCAGACGAUCAUUUUGACACGGUCGUCGAUACUUUUGGACUAUGUAGCAUGGACGACUCAGUCCAGACGUUACGGGAGAUGCAGCGGGUGUGCAAAAAGGACGGCGGUCGGAUUCUUUUACUGGAGCAUGGCCAAAGCAGCUACACGUGGAUAUCUGGAAUUCUGGACAAAUUUGCAGACUUGCACGCUCAGAAGUGGGGCUGUCACUGGAAUCGCGACAUUUUGAAGCUCAUUGACCAGGCUGGUCUCGAAGUCGAGUCAGUACGUCGAUUCCACUUUGGAACAACAUACUACGUUGUGGCCAAGCCUGGCUGCGACCACGACAAGAAUUUCAAGAUCGACGAUAGAAGCGCUGAAGAUGAAGACGUUUGA